AUGUAUAGACAAAUACCUUUAUCUGUUGCGUUCAGUAGUGAAAACCCUGACGUCAAAAUAAAGGGGAACAGAGUAACGUUUAAGUUUCCAACAGACUGGAUUGUGAACAUAAAUGAAGAGAAGUACAUUGGCAUAACAUCUAUGUAUAUAACACGUGCUUUCAGAAAGGUUGACUUUAUACUUCAAGUCGAGAUAGAAAAUGACGAACAGUCUUUAAGCGCCCAAAACAUUCACAUAUACAAAUACUUUAAAGACGAUACAACAUUGCAACAAUGUAUGAUUUCAUUUAAUGAGAUGUUCGAGAAAAAGUUCAACAUUGAAGUACAAACUUUACAGCCUUUACGUGAGUUUCUUGCACAACUGAAAGAAGAAGGUAGUCAGCCACAACUUAUAGACUUUCAUUAUGAAUUUAAUGAAAAUGAAGAUGGAACACAUGACUGUCAGUUUGUUAUAUAUUCACCAUUCAAUGAAGUCGCUAAAGAGAAAGAAAAUCCAUUACGUAUAAGAUUUCAAAUCUCUGAACCAAGUGAUGAUUUCAAGAAUGUUUUCAAUUAUGAUGCAAUGCUUCCGAGGAAAAAUGAAUUUUCAAAGAUUGUAACACCUGGCAUUUGGGAUAGAAAGCAAGCUAUAUUAUAUUCAAACUUAAGUAA